ACCUCUAUACUGCCUGGGUCUGCCAUCACUAACUGCCACAACAAUAAAUAAAUAAAACCAUACAAUCUAUAAAAAGCAAUGGACAUCGGUCAAGUCUGUCGCUUAUGCGCGAAUAAAAUCAAGGACCCAAAGCGCGAACGCAACAUAUUCAAGUACUUGCGCGGCAAGCUGCUGGGGCAACUGAAGCAGAUUACUGGAGUGGAGCUGACCACCGACCAGGGACUGCCCGAGUUGGUCUGCGAGCGCUGCUUUUCCGAGCUGGACUUGGCCACCAAAUUCCGCGAGCGCUGCAUCUUUUCGCAAAAAUACUUGCUGGACAUUAAGAAGAAGGAGCGGGAUUCGAGGGAAGUCCACAUAGAGAAUGAACUUGAACCGCUGGCCGAGCAGUUAAUUGAUGCGGAUCAGUUGGGGGCGCACCUGACCGAGGAGUUCAUGGUGUACGAGGGAGCGACCGAGGAGGGAGAAGAAAUAGACGAGUUCCCGCCCGAUGACGAUCCCGAGGCGUCGGUAAUAGCAGCUGCGGAGGCCGCCCACCAGGCGGAGAUCCAGGAGCAGCAGUUGGAACGGGCCGCCAAGCGGCGCAGGAAUUUCUUCAUCUGCGACGAGUGCGGACAGCUGUUUAGCGACGAGCACCUGUACAACGAGCACUUGGACCGCCACCUGGACCGUCGGGAGAUGAAGCAGUUCUUCCCCUGCCCCGAGUGCCCGCAGACCUUCAGCAAAAAGAUUCAUCUAAAGGAUCACCGUGCCCAAGUCCACAGCUUGCGCAACUUCAGGUGCUCUAUCUGUGGCGAGAUUUUCUCGGAGAUGGGAGCCAAGUUGCGGCACGAAAAAGCUCAUAAAAACGAACGGCCUUACCCGUGCUUGGAAUGCGGAAAGAUUUUCUCUAGCGUCUCCCAGUUGCGAAACCAUCGUUUAACCCACACAGACGACAACUGGAAAUUCAGGUGCGAGCCCUGCAACAAGGAAUUUGUAACUCGAAAGGAUCUGCUAGCACACACGGAAACCCAACCGCACAGACGAUUGGCUAGACAUAUGCAGGAUGAAAUUGAAUUGAUCUUUGACAGUUAAACGCAUCCCUUUUACUAUUCUAAGCCUAUUAUUAUACGUUUUUUCAUUGUACUCAAAAAUAUCAGCUAGAACUGAUAUGGGUUAUUUAUCGAAUAACUUUAACUUAUUUAUGUUAAAUCAAUUUAUGUUUAUAUAAAUAAACACAAGAGUGUGCAACUCAUCAGUCGUUAAAA